AUGAACCGCGACCCAGCUGAGAGGCCCGAAGUCGGUGACCUUACUGGCGAAGAGAUUGCGAAGCACAACUCCUCGGAGUCUUGCUGGGUCAUUGUGAACGGCAAAGCUUACGACGUUACCGAGUUCCUACCAGAGCAUCCAGGCGGCCAGAAGAUCAUCCUCAAGUAUGCUGGUAAGGACGCCACCGAAGAAUACUCCCCUGUCCAUCCCCCAGACACGCUUGACAAAUACCUGCCCAGGGAGAAACAUUUGGGCGCGGUCAAUAUGACGACGGUAGAGCAAGAAACCAAGGAGGAGUCUCCAGAAGAGAAGGCAAGACAAGAAAGAAUCAAGGCAAUGCCUAAGCUAGAAGUAUGUUACAACCUCAUGGAUUUCGAGGCCGUUGCAAGGCAUGUAAUGAAGAAGACUGCCUGGGCCUACUACUCCUCUGCUGCCGACGAUGAGAUCACAAUGCGUGAGAAUCAUUCUGCCUUCCACAAGAUCUGGUUCAGACCCAAGGUUCUGGUCGACGUCGAGAACGUUGAUAUGUCAACCACCAUGCUUGGCACCAAGGUUGACAUUCCAUUCUAUGUUACAGCUACAGCUCUUGGAAAGCUAGGCAAUCCGGAGGGAGAGGUCGUACUGACUCGGGGUGCCAACAAACACAAUGUCAUCCAGAUGAUACCUACACUCGCCUCCUGCAGUUUUGACGAGAUCUGUGACGAGAGAAAAGGAGAUCAGGUUCAGUGGCUACAGCUCUAUGUCAACAAAGAUCGUGAAAUUACAAAGAAAAUUGUACAGCAUGCAGAAGCCAGAGGUAUCAAGGGUCUGUUCAUUACCGUAGACGCUCCACAACUCGGCCGCAGAGAAAAGGACAUGAGAACGAAGUUCGACGAUACAGGUUCUAAUGUACAGAACACGAACAACGACAACGUCGAUCGAUCUCAAGGAGCGGCACGAGCUAUCUCUAGCUUUAUCGACCCCGCCCUAAGCUGGAAGGACAUUCCUUGGUUCCAAUCUAUCACGAAGAUGCCUAUCCUCCUCAAGGGCGUUCAAAGAGUCGAGGACGUCCUCAAAGCCAUCGAAUACGGUUGCGACGGUGUUGUGCUGUCGAACCAUGGUGGUCGCCAGCUAGAUACGGCACGAUCGGGUAUUGAAAUCCUUGCGGAAGUAAUGCCAAUACUACGCGAAAGAGGUCUACAGGACAAGAUUGAGAUUUACAUUGAUGGUGGUAUCCGAAGAGCAACAGAUAUCAUCAAAGCUUUGUGCUUGGGUGCCAAAGGUGUUGGUAUUGGUCGACCUUUCCUAUUUGCUAUGAGCGCCUAUGGUCUGCCUGGUGUCGACCGAGCUAUGCAGUUGCUGAAGGACGAGAUGGUCAUGAACAUGAGGUUAAUAGGAGCGCCAACGGUGGCGGACCUCACACCCGACAUGCUUGACAUAGGCAGCGCAAGGUCUCACUAUGUCAACCAGCCAGAGGACACUUUGGCGCUGAGAGCCUAUGAUGCCUUGAUCACGCCAAACGACAUGCUGAAGCCAAGAUUGUGA